AUGGCCAUACCACAACUGAAAAAUAGUAAUGGUAAAAAUCAAGCAAAUUCAAAUGCAAGGUUCCGUCAACGUAAAAUAUCAGUUAAACAACCUUUAACUAUUUAUAAACAAAAAGAUUUACCAGCAACUGAUUUAGCUAAUGAAUUAGAACCAAGUCAAGUUCAUCAUUUAAAUAAUAGUGGGAAUCAACAAAGAGAUUUACAUUCUUUUGAAACUGGGGUUGAUAAAAGUGAAGAAGAUGAAGUUCAUUUACAACAAGUAAUAAAUGCUGCUCAAAAAGCUUUAUUAAAUUCUAAAGAUGAUAAAAAAGAUGUAUAUAUUCCAACUCCUGAUGCUUCGAGAUUAUGGUCUGAAGCCUCUAAAUUUUAUUAUGAUCAUGAUUUUGUUGAACCGGAAGCUUAUAUUAAAUAUAGUGCACAAGUGGAAGAUACUGUUGGAGUUGAAUAUAAUAUUGAUGAAGUUGAUGAAGAAUUUUUAACUAAAACUUUAAAUGUGAAAUAUCCUACUAAAAAAAAUGAACCCAAAUGUUCAGAAUCAGAAUUUGAAAUUAUCUUAGAUAGAUUAGAAAGAAUUAUUGAAGAAAAACAACCAUUUUUAUCCAUGGAUCCAACUAAUAUCUUAUCAUAUAAAGAAUUAUCUACGUAUAUUUUAGAAGAAGUUAAAUCAUCAAGUAAAAAUAAUCCUUAUGUACAAUCAGGAGCAAAUUUAAAAUAUAUUUCAUCAACAACUUUAAAAGAGAGGUUAUCCAAAGAAUUAAGUUUUGAACCUUUUACAACAUUUUUCGAUAAAUAUCCAUUUAAUGAUAAUGAUAAUAAAAAAUCACCCCGAUCAAUAAGUAAAUUAUUAGAUUUAUUCGGUGAACCAGUUUAUAAUCAUUGGAAAGAAAGAAAAAUCGAAAGAAAGGGUAAAUCAGUUUUCCCCACAUUAAAAUUUGAAGAUCCUAAUGCUAAUGAAAAAGAUAAUGAUAAUGAUCCUUAUAUUUGUUUUAGAAGAAGAGAAUUUAGACAAGCUCGUAAAACAAGAAGAGCCGAUAAUUUAGGUAUUGAAAAAAUCAGAUUAUUACAAAAAUCCUUACAUAGAGCAAGAGAUAUAAUGUUUAAUGUCAGUCAAAGAGAAAUCAUGAAAUUACAACAAUAUCAACUGGAAUAUAAAGUUUUUAAACUAAGAUGUGAAGCAAAGACUUUGAAACGUAAUCAAAAUGUAUUGGGUGAUGAUCAUUUAUUCUAUCCUCACAAAAAGAAGAAGAUCAUCCGAAUCAAAGAAGAAGAAGAGGAAAGAGAAAGAGAAGAAAAGGAAAAGGAAAAGAUCAGAAGAGAAAGAAAAUACAAAGAAGCCAAAGAUUUACAAAGAUUAUCAAAUCAAACAUCACAGAAUAUUCAAACCGACAAUGGAUCAUCUUCAACUCAACCAUAUAUCAAAUUACCACAAUCUAAAAUCCCUGAUAUGGAUCUUGUUACAGUAUCAUUAGUUUUAAAAGAAAAACAAGAUACUAUUAGAAGAGCUGUUUUGGAGAAAUUACGUAAACGUAAGGAACUUGAUAAGAAUUUUGUUAAUUUAACUGAUGAUCCAUAUCAACCAUACUUUGAUAUCUCAACUAAUUAUAAAAUUCAAGAUAAUGAUUUGAGACAUAUACCAUAUUCUUCAAUUUCAUCAUCUUCUUUACAUCAAAUGAAUACUAGUAAUAUUCUUAAUGAAACAUUGAAGAAUUAUCUUGAAGAUGGUAAAAAACCAUUACCAGGAGUUAGAACUUUUAAUGGUAAAAGUGGUGAAUUAAUACCAUCAUCACCUUUCCCACAUUUGAACACUUUACUUAAUGAUCAUAUUUUAAAAGAUGUUAGUAGUCAAGGUGGUUAUAUUGAAGAAUUCUUAAAGAAUAUUGAAAGUGACAAUUAUAAUGUUUAUGUCAAUGGAUUUGAAAAUAAGGUCAAGAAAAAUGAUGACAUAAAUGAAACCAAUAUUUCUGAUCCACUUUUCAGAAUUAGAAGAAGAGUUGGUAGGUUUAAUAGAAAUUUCAUUGAUAGAAGAAUUAAGAAUAACAAUGAAGAAUUCAAUAAAUUUAUUGAUGAAGAAAAGAAAGAAAUUGAAAAGGAAAAUCAUGAUGUUUAUCAUAAUGAAUCUGAUAGUUUAAAGAGAUUAAAAUCUAAUUGGAAAUUCGAUAAUGAAUCUGACGAAUAUAACAAUCAUAUUAAUUCACCAUUUUCAAUGGAUCCAUCAAGAUUAAAUAGUAUUAGUGAUGAAACCCAAUCUAUUAGAUUUGGAUCAAUGUUAUUAUCAAAAUCUUAUGAAUUAUUAAGAGAAUCUGUUCAUCAAAGACAACAAGCUUAUAUUCAACAAGCUAGAAUGAGAGCUUUACAACAACAGCAACAACAACAAUUGAGAAAUAAGAACGCUCAAUCAUCACAAUCACAAUCACAAUCAUCCCAAUCAUCAUCUCAACCUUCAACUUCAAGUUCUCAAAUAAAGAACCCAAGUUCUCAAAAAUUACCAAGUAGAUCUAUGGGAAAUGCCAUCAGCUCUGGUAGCGGUGGUAAUAAAUCUACUUAA